AUGACCAACUUUCCCUUUUCCCUUCUCUUUAUAAUUAUCAUCUUCUUCCCACCACCAUUGAGUGCUCUUAGCUAUAAUGUUGUCAGUUUUGGAGCUAAGCCUGAUGGCCGAACGGUGUCCACUGCCCCUUUUCUCAAGGCUUGGGCGUCUGCUUGUAACUCGGCUGCACCUUCUUCCAUAUAUGUUCCUAAGGGAAGGUUCUUACUUAAAGGCAUUGUGUUCAGAGGUCCUUGUAAGAACCAAAUCACAUUCCGAAUAGAUGGCACGCUUGUGGCUCCCUCGGAUUAUCGUGGCCUUGGAAAUUCGGAUUCUUGGAUUUUGUUCUCUAAAGUUAACAAAGUCUCUGUCGUCGGCGAUACUCUUGAUGAGUCUCUGUCGUCGGCGAUACUCUUGAUGAGUAGGGUGCGAGUUAUUGGGCGUGCAAGAGAUCUGGGAAGAGUUGCCCCGUUGGAGCUCCAAUAUGUUACACGAUUCAAUUUGAAAACAAGAAUUUUCAAAUUACUUAAGCUUUUGAUGUUUUUUUUUUCUUAUGGGUUGUUGAGAAUUGUUGAGAGGGAGUUCUACGUAUGCUAAUUUAGGGUAUGCUAAUUUAGGUAAUGACAGUGAGUUUAUAGGUAAGGAAUAUAUCUUGAUUGAUACAAGGUAUUUUGGGGAAGCAAAAGCAAAGUCAUAAGGGUUUAUGCUCAAAGUGGACAAUAUUAUAACAUU